UAAGUCUCGGUGAACCUGGAUGAUUUUCGGUCGUUUGGUGACGUGAUCCAGAAGUUGCCUCUCUUGAUACGUAAAUUGUUUGUGGGGUACUGAAAGUGAAAUCGAACCAUUCCCCAAUGUAAAUUUAGGGUUUAAGAAAAUCAGCAGCAAUUCUACGCUCUCCGUACAGUCUUGAACCUUUCAAAUCGGGAAGGCCAAUGUUUUAGGGCUUAUCACACACUCCAACAUGUCUAUUCGAGAUGUGAAAUCUAAUGCACCAGAAGUUUGAUGUUGUCGACGUCUCCUACUGCUUCAAUCCGUGGCUACAUCAGAUCGCUGCUUUGUAUUCUUCUAUCAUGGUGUUGCGCUUAGUCACGUACUUUUCGAAGUGAACGUGAGUUUACUUAUAGUCAAUCACCUCACCUUCACACCUUGUGAACUUCAUUCAGUGUCAACAUUUGGAAUUACAGAGAUAGUAUGAAGUGAACCUGAUCGAGGAAUUCAUCCUUCAGGAAUGGAAGACGAGGCUGUACCACUAGCGGUUCCGCUCUUCGAUACUUUACAAGAAAAUGAGAGCAGCACGAAAUCGACCCAAGUUUCAAAUACGGGAGAGUCCGUGAAGAGUCUGGCAACUAGAGAUGAAGAUCAUGGAAAUGUUGGUGAGCAAGCUGAGUCAGUGGGGAUCACUAUGAUUACAGGGUAUUUGGGUGCUGGUAAAACCACGUUAGUCAAUUAUAUUCUGAAUGAAAAGCAUGGUCGAAGAAUAGCAGUGAUCUUGAAUGAGUUUGGAGACGAGCUAGGGAUAGAAAAGGCUAUGGUGAACGAUGGAGCAGGCGGUGCACUUGUAGAAGAAUGGGUGGAGCUAGGCAAUGGUUGUGUUUGUUGCAGCGUCAAGCAUAGUUUUGUUCAAGCUCUUGAACAACUGCUCGAGCGCCGGGAAAAAUUUGAUCAUAUUUUAUUGGAGACAACAGGUCUCGCCAAUCCUGGCCCUGUUGCUGCCGUGCUUUGGGUGGAUGAUCAACUCGAAUCCCCUGUUCACUUGGACUCCAUUGUUACGGUUGUGGAUGCUAGGAACUUGAAACAACAACUCGCAGAUACACGGGAAACAGGAGCAGUGAAUGAAGCUUACCUUCAGAUCGCUUUUGCGGAUGUGGUGCUUCUCAACAAGGUUGACCUUGUGAGCGGAGGUAUGGUGGAAGUGGAGGAUUUAGAAGCCCGGAUUCAUAAUAUUAAUGGGUUAGUGAAAAUUGUUCGCUCUGUGCGAUGUCAAGUGGACCUCAAGGAUGUAUUUGAGCGUAGAGCGUACAAAUCUCAGCAAUUGAUGAAUGUGGAAAGACUCUUACAAUUGGAUGAACGAGAUGUACAUGAUCGUAUGGUGGGCACCGUCAGUUUCUCUUUGUCUGAAACUGCCAACCUGGACAAGGUGAAUGACUGGCUUGGAGAGCUCUUGUGGGAGGGUGGAAAGGACUUCGAAAUCUAUCGUAUGAAAGGUGUCCUGAAUAUUGAUGGGUCUGACACCAUGCACAUGCUUCAGGCUGUACGUGACCUCUACGAGAUUGUCCCUACUCGAUCUUGGAGAUCAGAUGAGAAGCGGACACACAUAGUCUUCAUAGGGAAGAAUCUGAAGAAAGAUUAUCUUUUUGAGUCUUUCAAGACGUGUCUGUCGAUGUAGUUAGAUUAGAUGCACGCGAUGUAUCGGCUCCUUGUUUUCAGCUAUUAAGAAACGUGUUUUUAAAGAUAACCGUAUAAGAUAUUUGUAAAACUCUAUUUAUGCACUGAAAUUGACUUUGGAAAAGGGAAUCUGUUUAUCUCAAUCA